CACGGAGUUUGUUCUUUAAAUUGAUCCAUACUGCUAACAAGGGAGACCGAGCUGAAGAUCCAAGUCGGAGUCCCUUGAGCCCAAGGCAGAAGAAACCAAGCCAAAAAUGGCUUUCGUUUUACCUGCUAAAGGAAUCCUCCAAAGCGAGGCUCUGAAACAGUAUGUAUACGAAACUAGUGCAUAUCCUGGGGAGCAUGAACAGCUCAAGGAGCUGCGAGAAGCAACGACUAAGAAAUAUGGCAGCUUAAGUGAGAUGUCUGUGCCAGUUGAUGAAGGGCGUUUCCUGUCGAUGCUUUUGAAAGUAAUGAAUGCCAAGAGAACACUGGAGGUUGGUGUUUUUACAGGCUACUCUCUCCUUUCCACAGCACUCGCCUUGCCCGAGGAUGGCCAGGUAACAGCAAUAGACAAAGAUCGAGAAGCUUAUGAAAUUGGAUUGCCAUUCAUUCAAAAGGCUGGCGUGGAGGAAAAAAUAAAUUUUAUCCAAUCAGAAGCGACCCCAAUUCUAAACGAAAUGCUCAGCAAUGACAAGCAGCCAGAAUUCGACUUUGCGUUCGUGGAUGCCGACAAGUCAAGCUACAAGCACUAUCACGAGCAAUUAUUGAAAUUAGUUAAGAUUGGAGGGAUUAUUGCUUAUGAUAAUACGUUAUGGUAUGGCUUAGUUGCAAAAGAAGUAGAUGAUGAGGCGCCAGAGCUUUUGAGGAUGGUCAGGACAGUCAUAAUGGAGUUCAAUAAACUUCUGAGCUCUGAUCCCCGCGUGGAGAUUUCACAAAUUUCCAUCGGUGAUGGCGUUACACUAUGCAGGCGCCUUUGCUAAACAUUUAUCCCAUGCAGAUUUGAGAUCUCUCUCUGUUUUUUUUUUCCUUCGGGGUACUUAUCCCUAAUGAUGCUAGCACGUUCUGUAAAACUAUUUUAUGGGAGCAGAACAAAUAAAUUUAUGUAUUCUUAUAGCAGUUUAA